UGUAUAGUGUUAGAAUUCAUAGUUUCUUUUGUUACAGACAAGAGAGUUUUGUGAAGAAGCGACAAUUGGAAAAACAACGUCAAUCACUGAUAGCAGAAGCACUGAAGAAUGUUGAUUCACCGGCAUCCAAAUCCAAGAAGAUCGUUUUCAAUUCAGAUUCAGAGGAUGAAAAUCAAACAACGUCCCGGGCUCCAGUUGAAAAUAGCUCCAGCACUCAAAACAACUCGAAUAUUCGAUUAUUCGACAAUGAUGGAGAUGAGGCUGACGAAGAUAACGUUGAGCUGUCGAUCAAGAAUCGUCAUUUCGGCCCGAAAGGUGCAAAACUGAUGGCACUGGAGGCGAAAUUCGGAAACGACGAACGAUUCCGAAUGAACGAAAAAUUUUUGGAUGAAGACAAGACGAAUGAGGAAGAAGUAGAUGGUGAAGCCAUGGAGUUGGCGAAAGAAAAGAAAACAGAAUUCGAAAUCUUAUCGAAGGUAUUGGGGAGAACUAUACGAAGUACAAAGUUGAAUGAGAAUGCGGUCGCAAGCAGUCAAAAGAAAGCUCCAUUCUUAAGGUUCGAUCCCGACAAUCCAGCACAUGUGAAAUGGUUGAAUGAACAACAGCAACUGAACCACGCAAAAGUUUUUAUUUUCUCAAAUUGGUUUUGUUUGAAGCAU